CUCCGGAAGAGGGCGCCAAAGGCGGGAACCAUUCCAUUGGAUGAAAUUGUAAGCCUACAGGCGAAGAGACGCUUUUCGAGGUCGCGAUCGAAGGAAUAUUUUGUGAAAAUUAGACAAUGGCCGGCGGUAAAGCAGGAAAAGACUCUGGAAAGGCAAAGGCCAAGGCGGUUUCGCGGUCUGCAAGGGCAGGUUUACAGUUUCCAGUCGGACGUAUUCACCGCCAUUUGAAAACUCGAACCACUAGUCAUGGUCGAGUUGGCGCUACAGCGGCAGUUUACAGUGCUGCAAUCCUUGAAUACUUGACAGCUGAGGUACUGGAGUUGGCUGGAAAUGCAAGUAAGGACUUGAAAGUCAAACGUAUCACACCCCGUCACUUGCAGCUUGCUAUUCGUGGUGAUGAAGAAUUGGAUUCCUUGAUCAAGGCAACUAUUGCUGGUGGUGGUGUCAUCCCUCACAUCCACAAGUCACUGAUUGGCAAGAAGGGAUCACAAAAGGCAGCCUAAUGUAUCAAAUAUAUUUGUUUAUUAAUGUAAUACAUAAAGAUAGUCCACUUGUCAUUAUUGAUUUUUGUGUCCUGUCCAUAACUCAUCCAGGUAGUUUUUACUUCAUGCAAACAUCAGUGGUUUUACUUGCUCAUUAAAUAUCAGAUUUUAUC